UUGUUUUGACAGUUCUCGCAGGAGCAGCUGCACGCACGUCAGUUUAUCAUCGUCAGUGUUUUUCGUUCGUCGGUCGGUGCAUUAAAAUUUCGCUGUCGGUUUUUCGUUUUUGCUUUAUUUGUUGGCCAUUUGGAUAGCCUUUCUUCCCGUACAUAAUUCCACAUCGGAAAAGUCAAAUCCCGAAUUGGAGUGACAGUGGUAGCAGCGGUUAAAUUUUUGGCAGUUGUCACCAGCGGAAAGGACGACCAGUUUCGGGUACCGAGCAUCAUUCCGCCGUGCAUCUCCCGCAGACGAGCUGAAGUUAACUUACAUAAGCAAAGGCAGGCGGACGAUUUAGUUCCGGGUUGAGCCAGGAAGCAACCGCUCAAGAUGUCCAAAGGUGGCAAGAUUGUACUUCGGGUUCAAUCGCCGGAUGGAACCAAACGAGUGGAAAUUUCCGAAACCAGCAACUUGCGGGAAUUGUACGAACUUGUACAUGGGUCUUUCUCACUCAGCGAUUAUGGAUUUGCGCUCUUUAAAGAAAGGAACUGCACAAAAGAGCUUGUCUCCAGUCGAUCUCAGACGGUCAAAGAAAACGGCCUAAAACAUGGAGACAUGAUAUAUUUGAAGCAUAUUGCUGGGCCGUCAACUUCCAAGGAGCCUGAAAGAAGUUCCUCUGUCGCGUCGAUGGCCUCCACAAGUAGUUCCUCGUUUAGUGGGGCGGCUGCUGGUUUCAGCCGUGAGCCAACUCCAAGCACCAGCUACGGUGCCAACGCUUCAGCAGUUCUCAACGGAGAGGAUUCCGUGGAUAUCGAACUGUACAAACAGGAUGGUAGAAUUCAACGAAAACGAGAUGAAAAGCUGUGCCGUCACAACUCGAAUGGCUGUUGCGUCCAUUGUUCCCCGCUGGAACCGUGGGACGAGACCUACCUCAAGGAGCAGAAGAUCAAACACUUCUCGUUCCAUUCGCAUUUGAAGAAGCUCACCUCCGGGGUGGACCGUGGCAAGUUUGUUGCCCUGGAGGAUCUCAACUGCAAGAUCAAAACGGGCUGCCGGGAUCAUCCGCCGUGGCCCAAGGGCAUCUGCUCCAAGUGUCAACCGUCGGCCAUUACGCUCAAUCGGCAGGCCUAUCGGCACAUCGACAACGUUAUGUUCGAAAACACCGGAAUAGUGGAACGGUUUCUGAACUAUUGGCGCACGACCGGGCAUCAGCGCAUCGGUAUGCUCUUCGGCACCUACGAAGUCCAUCCGGACGUUCCGCUGGGUAUCCGAGCUCGGGUCGCAGCCAUUUACGAGCCGCCCCAGGAAAGCACCCGUGAUUCCAUUCUUCUGCUGGAAGAUGAACACGAGGCGGAGGUGGAUGAAAUGGCUCGUCUCUUGGGGCUGCGCCGCGUGGGUUGGAUCUUCACCGAUCUGCUGGCCGAGAAUGCCGCUGCCGGAACGGUCAAACAUGUUCGCGGCAUUAAAACGCACUUCCUCACGGCGCAGGAAUGCAUCCUGGCGGGACAUCUGCAGAAUAAGUAUCCCAAUCGUUGUAAGUACGCCAACGGCGGGUACUUUGGGUCGAAGUUUGUUACGGUUUGCGUUACAGGUGACGACAAAAAGCAGGUGCAUAUGGAGGGGUACGCCGUUACGGCGCAGUGUAUGGCACUAGUGAGAGAUAAUUGUUUGAUUCCAACGAAGGACGCUCCCGAGUUGGGCUAUAUUCGGGAGUCCACCGACAAGCAGUACGUUCCGGAUGUAUACUACAAGGAAAAAGACGUCUACGGCAACGAAGUUCAGCGUCUGGGCCGGCCCCUGCCAGUGGAGUACCUGCUGGUGGAUGUGCCCGCAUCGACACCGAUGGUUCCUCUGUUUACAUUCCACGAGCGGAAAGAUGUCAGCCAGUACUUCCCGGUCGAGAAUCGAAUGAUCGACGGUCACAUCCAGGACUUUUCCGCCCUCAGCGACUAUCUCGCCCGGUCCCGGUCGAUGGACUUUUUGGAGGCCAUGUCGGACUUCCAUCUGUUGUUCUAUCUGUAUCGUAUGGAUAUGCUCCCGAUCAAAGCGCAAAUGGGGCCCUUGCUGGAAGCUGUCCGUACCAAGGAUAAGGCAGCUGCCAACGAGUGGAAAAACCAAGAAGUAUGGCGAACCCUUGAGCAACUUAUCUCUGCCAGCUCACAUCAUGACGAUUCUAGCAUGAGUAACGACGUGGAGUUCGUUUCCGCCGGAGAGGUGGAACAGAAUUGGACCUGCAAUCACUGUACGUUCAUCAAUAGUCGGGAACUGCCUACGUGCGAAAUAUGUAAUCUUCCCAGAGUCUAGAUCUACUGAAUAGAUCGUACUGAAGGCUGCCGAAGGAUAAAAUUUUUUUUAGCAAACAACAACAACUUUGGAUAUUGCAAGUUUGUACAUUAAUUAUAACGAAGGAAACGGUUGAGUUCUUCAGCUUAGCAAAGAAACAUGUGCAGUGAAGUUACAUGGCAUCCGAUAAACACAUAAUGAAUUGAUCUAUUUUUGAUUUGGUUUUGCCAUCUGUAAUGUUGGUAAACGGAACAAACUUCGGCAACACAGGAAGCUGUCGAACGGCUUGCUGGAGCAGUUUUCCUAGUAGCAGGAAGAUAUGAGCGACUGGGAGUGAUGGGUAAUAUUAAUCAAUUUAAUUCUUAAUGAUAAGAAAAUAUUUAUUUUCCAACUCAAUAUAAAACUGAUUGAAGCCUGCAA